AUGACAGACACGACCAGCAGCACACUUUCACAAGCUUCAGGAAAGGCUGAACAAGAUUACGAUAUGGAACAUCGUACUCAAUUCAUGACCGAUGUUGAACUCUCGGCUGUUGAUGAUACUCAUCUAAACAAUACUACCGUUCGGAAUUUUAUAUGGAAGGAUGUGACGGUUACUGUGAAGGACAAUAAAACGAAAAAAUCAAAAGCAAUUCUAGAUGGUGUUAGUGGUAUUGUUGAAGCUGGAGAGAUAUGUGCUUUGAUGGGACCAAGUGGCUGUGGAAAAACUACUCUCUUGAAUGUUUUGGCUCAUAGAAAUGCAGCUGCGAAAGCGGUUGUAACUGGAAAGACACUGGUAAAUGGAUCAAGUCCGUCUAAAAGUGUUUUUCGAAAUAUGAGUUCAUAUGUUGAGCAAGAGGAUGCUCUCAUAGGCUCUCUGACAGUGCAAGAAACAUUGAAUUUUGCCGCCCGUCUUGCUCAUAAAAAUUCAUUGACGAAAAGUGAGCGAAUGAGAAGGAUCAGAGGCUUGAUAAAUUCAUUCGGUCUUCGUAAUCAGGCACAUACCAUUAUUGGAACACCAAUUCAGAAAGGUAUUAGUGGUGGUCAAAAACGACGAGUAAGUGUUGCCAGUCAACUCAUCACUGGUCCCAAGAUUCUUUUCUUGGAUGAACCUACGUCUGGGUUGGAUUCUGCUGCAAGUUGGGAAGUGAUGUCUUUUGUUAAAGAGGUCGCAAAACAAAACAAUUUGAUUGUUAUAGCAAGUAUUCACCAACCUUCCACCUCUACUUUCCAAUUAUUCGAUAAGUUGCUAUUAUUAUCCGGAGGAAAGUCGCAUUACUUUGGUCCUGUCUCAAAAGUCAAUCAACAUUUCGAAUCCAUAGGAUAUCCAAUUCCACUUCACAUGAAUGCUUCGGAAUACCUUCUUGAUCUCAUGAAUACAGACUUUGCAGUCGAUCAAUCACAAUCACAAGCAAGACUACUACAGAUUUAUCAAUCUUGGCUGGUUUCGUCGAUCUUUCGACAAAUGCAUGAUAAAAUUCAACUUAUACUGCAACAUGUCAAGCCUUUACCCGUGGCCAAUUCCUCGCGUGGUGGAUUUUUCAAUAUAUUGAUGACAUUGGUACACAGGGCAUUCAUCAAGAGUUACCGAGAUGUGGUCGCAUAUGGUAUUCGUAUUGCGAUGUAUAUGGGGCUUGCUAUUAUGAUGGGUACGGUCUGGUUACGUCUUAAAACAGAUCAAAGUGAAAUUCAACCUUUCAUUAAUGCUAUCUUCUUUGGCUCAGCUUUCAUGUCUUUUAUGGCUGUUGCUUAUGUUCCAUCGUUUCUCGAAGAUCGUUCUACAUUUAUCAAAGAACGAGCAAAUGGUCUUUAUGGUCCUACAGCAUUCAUGCUCUCGAACUUUAUUAUUGGCUUACCUUAUCUAUUUUUGAUAUCAUUUCUUUUUUCGGUAACAACAUAUUUCCUCAACAAUUUCCGACCUACGGCUCCUGCCUUCUUCACAUGGAUAAUGUGGCUGUUUCUUGAUCUUCUCGCUGCCGAAUCACUUGUCGUUCUUAUAUCCUCUUUAUUCCCUUCAUUUGUGAUAUCUCUUGCUCUUACUGCUUUUGCAAAUGGACUGUGGAUGAGUGUCGGUGGUUUCUUGGUACCUCCACAAAUUCUCAACGUGUUUUGGAGAUAUGUAUUUCAUUACAUUGAUUAUCAGACGUACGUUUUCCAAGGAAUGAUGGUCAAUGAGUUUUCAGAAAGAGACUAUACUUGCGGAUCUUCCUGCCAAUGCAUGUAUAUCACCGAUCUCGCACCUCAAUGUAAAAUUAGUGGUAAAGGAGUUUUAGAUCAAUAUGGAUACAAGACUGGCAAGACUGGCCUGGGUGCUAUGUAUUUUAGACGAUAA